AGCUCGAAUACGCCUCUGCUCGUUUUGGGUCACGUUGAAAAGCUUCAUUCAUUCACACCUGGCUUCACACCCACACACUUGCAUGUUUUUAGUUGAUUUCAAAAUCAACGAAAGUAAACAACACAACGGAACGUCAAACAAGCCGCACACAAACACAAGCAUCUGCUGCAUGCAGCACUCGUUCAGCGAUCGUGUGGAUCUCGCAGCGCAACAAGAACGAACCACAAGCGAAGAAACAACGAUCCGCAGCAGGUCAAAAAUCCGUUCGUCCCGUCCCGUCGCCGCGAAUCCUCGCUCAUCCACAUCUUCGCAUUUUUAAACAUCAGACGACGUAGUUUUAGAUAUCGUAAAUGUUCCUUUCGCAUUCUCUUUUAUCGGGCCGUGUUUGUUGUGCUCCUCCGACUUGUUGCAAGAAAAGAACGCUAUCCUUCGAAGGAAUGGACACGACGGAAUGAAGAAACCCACCAACCAGUGCUCUACGUCUUCGGCUUGGGUGGUCCUUUAAGUUGAUGUGUGUGCGCAAUCUUCUCCGAGCGAUUGAGCAAGCUAAAGGAAGGAAAGUGAAUUUUUAACAAAUCCCUUGAGUAAGUUUCUGAUUCUGGCACUCAGAUACCGGAUGCCCCAGAAGUGACGUAGAACGGAAGCAUCAAAGUGAAUUCGUAGUUCCAAGACGUCAAGCAAGUGAUGGUCGAUAUCUCGAAAGAAUCCCUGCAAGUUCCAAGCAAUGCAAUGCAUCCAUUUUCCUCUACCGAAGGCGACAGUGAAUGAAUGUGCCAUCUAGGGCGAGAGCGACUUCCGCCGAGAAUGUGCCAAAGUGUAAAUUAUUAUUGUUUCAUAGCCCCGUCGAUUGAUCCGAACAAGAUAUCUUAUAAUUGGCGUGGGUGGAUGGCUGGCAGUGGCAGUGCGCGGUUCACGAAUUAAACAAUAAUGCUCACUCGUAGCUGGGCACAGUAAACAGCAACGAAGCCGAGCAUCGCUCAUUCAAUUAGUAAUUAGUCAAUUAAUAUGCACAUCAGGCAGAAAGGAGCUCGUCGUGCAGUUGGAAAUAGUAGUUGCCGUGUCGCGUAAUAGAAUUAGCAGAGCAGCAGCAGCACCAUUUGCUUCGCUAUAGACAAACAGUUGCGGAAAGUCAAAGAGCAAAACUACAAUGCACUUUGUGAAUGCGCUGGAUUGCAGUUUUGAGGACGGAGGCGAGUUGGUUUAAAUUAAAAGUGUAGUUUAAGAAAAGGUUGAACGUGUUGCUGUGUGCCUUCGGAUGUUCCAAGUGUGCUUACCGACCUGAGUGCACCAUUCGGAAGUCGUCAACGAUAAAACUUUGGAAGGAAAUAUUAGAACUGGAGAGAUCGCGAUCAUUUAUGCACACUUCAAAAUGGGCACCCACUCACUGUUCUCUACGGUGACCCUACUGGUUCUGCUCGGAAUCGUAGCUUACGCGAAAGAAUUCACCCCGUCCUCGAAUCUCAUUACCCCCGUGGACUCUUCACCCCGACUCGAGUCCAUCAAUGGAACCCGAAAUUUCCGCAUGCACGGCAAAAAAGGCAAGGAUGACAAAACCUGGUUCGAUGGACGCGAGAUGCGUUACAUCUACUGUGUGAGGCCAGCCAAGUGCGAACCCAUCCGGCACAAGUCCUGUCUCGGUUCACCGCUGCCGUACUCCUCCAUCAGUCUCGAUCUCACCGAUUCCUUCAGCCAGGAGCAAACCCACGACAAACUGUACCAGUACAAUGCCCUCCGCCACGUGCCGAAGUGCUGGGCCGUUAUUCAGCCGUUUUUGUGUGCCGUGUUCACACCCAAGUGCGAGAAGAUCAACGGGCGCGAUAUGGUCUACCUGCCGUCGCUGGAGAUGUGCAAGAUCACGCUGGAACCGUGCCGGAUACUGUACAACACCAGCUACUUUCCGGAGUUUCUCAAGUGCAACGAAACGCUGUAUCCCUCGAAGUGCAACAACGACGUCCGCGAGGAGAUGAAGUUCAACGCCACCGGGCAGUGCCUGAAGCCGCUGGUUGGGGCAGAAUCUCCGGCGAAUUAUUAUAAAGACAUCGACGGAUGUGGCCUGCAGUGCAAGGAUCCGCUGUACACUGACCACGAACACCGACAGAUCCAUAAGCUGAUUGCGUGGGGUGCCGGCGUGUGUUUGACGUUCAACCUGUUCACGAUCGCCACGUUUGCGAUCGAUUGGCACAACGCGAACAAGUACCCGGCGCUGGUGAUUUUCUACAUCAACUUUUGCUUCAUGGUGUCCUGCUUGGGUUGGCUUGCUCAAUUUACGCCCGGUGGCCGGGAGGACAUCGUCUGCCGGAAGGAUGGGACACUGCGCAUCUCGGAGCCCAGUGCCGGUGAGAAUCUGUCGUGUAUUGUGGUGUUCAUCUUGGUGUAUUACUUCCUGAUUGCGGCCAUGGUUUGGUUCGUAAUUUUUACCUACGUGUGGCACAUGAGUUUCAAGGCGAUCGGGAAAAUUCAGGAUCGGAUUGAUAAAAAGGGAUCGUACUUUCACUUGAUCGCGUGGUCGCUUCCUCUGGUGCUGACGAUAACAAUCAUGGCGCUGAGUGAGAUAGAUGGUAACAGUACGGUAGGGAUAUGCUUCGUGGGGUACUUGAAUCAUCCGAUCAGGGCGGGAUUCCUGUUGGGUCCGGUGGUAUGCGUAUUGUUCAUUGGGGGUUACUUUCUGGGGAGAGGGUUGCUGACGCUCAUUAAGCUUAAGAUAUCGAGUAAGGAAAUACUUUCAGCUCGUGCGAGCAAGAAGAUCAGACAGACAAUCGUUCGAAUGGGAGUCUGCACAAUGUUCACAUUCAUUUUCAUAGUUGCGACUAUUUUCUGCCAUAUCCAUGAGUUUAAAAACACUGAAAGUUGGACACUUGCGCUGAAGAACUAUAUCAUUUGCCAAAUAUCGUCCACUUAUACGGAUGUGACGAGCGUUUGUAAGCUACACAGUCGUCCGUCGGUGGCAGUUCUUCAAAUCCACUUGAUUUGCUUAUUCGCUUCCGGAAUUGUGAUGUCAUCGUGGGUCUGGACCAACUCCACCUUGGAAACGUGGGGUCGUUAUUUUCGGAGGCGCUUCCGACCAGACGUCGAGGAACCCGUGAAGCUGCAGAAGCAUAAGGUUAUUGCUCAGGCAUUUGCCAAACGGAAGGAGUUUCAGAACCAGGGACGACUGUCGAUUUCCUUCCACAACUCCCACACCGACCCCGUUGGGCUGAAGUUCGAUAUCAAUUCGGCCAUCGGAAGCCAUGACUUCAGCUCAACGUGGGCCAACAAUCUCCCGAGGUUUGUGAACAGGAGGUAUGCACUGACGGGGGCGGCCACAAGCUCCAGCCACGAUCCGAGGAAGAAUUCGGUGGACUCGGAGAUAAGCUUCAGCGUGCGCCACGUUUCGGUGGAGUCCAGGAGGAACUCGAUAGAUUCGCAAGUCUCGGUUAAGAUCGCUGAGAUGAAGACUAAAGUCGCUAGUAGGAGUCGAAGUGGAGUAAGCAGCAGCAAGCACCAUCACAAGAAUCGUCAGCAGAGGCGACGCGAUUUCACGUCUGGCAGAAGAUACAGUCGGAAGGAGAGCAGCACUUCGGUAGAAUCUCAAAUUAUAACGGCGAUUCAGAAAAGCCGGCAGACCUCCAGCGGAAACAGUCAAUUCUUCGGUGCAAAUAACAUGCAACGGAGGACAGGAAUCGGUGGAAUGGAUGCUGACCAGCUCAAUGACUUCAUUUCCAAUGGAAAACUGUUGCUUCCAUUCUUGCAUCAACCUGGCCUGACGACCUCAGAAGACGACAACGUUUCCAAUGCGUCGUUCAAGGUCCAAGACUCUAAAUUCGAUGUGAUUCUGAAGCACAUCGGAGCAACAGCAGGAACUUCUAGUCGAGUCGAUUCCCAUAACGCCGGCUGCCAGAUUGAAGAAUACCAUUCCAGUGAUGACGACGAAAACGUGAACUUGAAGCCACCCACCCGAGAUGAUUUCACUCAGAUGAAAGAUGGCAUGAAGAGCAGUAAAGAAGGAGGACGAGGAAGCAAGAACAGUUCCAAGAGUGUACGCAGCAAGAAGUCAUCAUCCAGGCAAGGAACGAUACGAAAGUCUCAGAAACAUUCGCGAGCCAGUCAAAAGAGUCAGCGAAAUGAAAAGAAGGAGAAGGAGAAGAAAAGGGAAAGAGAGCGGGAAAAGGAACGAGAGAAGGAACGCGAAAAGGAGCUUCAGCUCAUCGAGCGGAACAACAUUACCGAUUUCAAUGACUCUUCCUUUACGUCCUAUUGUUCGGAACUGUCGCCCCUGAACGUUAACAGUUCUUUCUCGGGAAUUUCCCUGACCAAAACCAACUCUCGCAAUUCCAAGCGUAGUUGUGAUGUAGGCAUUCAAGCCAACGCCUACGAAAUCGCCACCCAAACCAUGUCCUCGUUCGAGUUCAAUGAGAAAGCGCUGAAAAAUGAAGAAAACGAAGACAUCUACACGGAAAAUCACUCACUGCUGGGACCCAAACUGGUAACUCCAGUCGUGGUCGUGCAAUCGCCGGCCCGCAAGCGAGACAUCGCCGACGUAAGCUUAACCGAGGCGGAGAAACUCAAACAGUUGCUACUUCCCUCCAAGUGAUAGUGAUCUACGCGUGUGCGCCUCGAAUACUCAUAUGUAAGACAGGUUUACAACUAUUCGGGAAGGUGAAAUCGUUUUACAAUGAGGAUCCGUGGUCCGUUUUUUGGCAUCAGAUCAAAAUAUGUAUGGUACUUUCUUUAAGGGCAUCCAUCCAACUUAUCAUAUAAUCAAAAUCUCCACCUAAAAACAAUCAAAAUACAUACAAAAUUUCAUAUUUUUUGGUGCCUGGAACUACAUUUCGUUGAGCAAACAUGGAUUUCCACUUCAGAAUCUCAGAAGGAAUUGGUUUCAAAAUGAAAUUCGGAAAGAAUUCUGAAAUGAAUCUUCGGAAAAAAAACAUGAAGAAGUUCUUGGGAGAAUCCUCGAGGUUACUGGCAAAGAAUCUGUCUUGUAACAUUAUGAGGAAUUCCUGAAAAGAUUAUUUAAGAAAUUCUUGAAAUAAAAACUCGGAAGUCCCUGAGAAAUCUUCGCUGGCAUUACUGGAUAGAUCUUCGGAGUAAAAACAGUAAAGUUAGACAGUUUCAGCAUAGUUACGUCUUUUUUGUCAAUAACUUCAGAAGCUUUAAAUCGUGACGACCGGAGAAUGAAUUGAGAGAUUAUUUCCUGUGUUUUCAAUAGCUUUCAUUUGAUGUUCAGAGAAAGCAAACAAUAGUUCGAAAGUUGCAGCUCUAAACGCGUAUCCAUACCUUUACAAUUUUGAUCACAACUUAUGAUUGCGAAAUAUUUAAAAAGUUUUACCUGACGGCAAAAACAGACCACGGAUCCCCAUUCUACAUGAAAAAUCACAAAACCACAAUGAUUCCUGGGUCCAAAAGCUGACCCGAAUUUGUUGACCUGUGUAAUCGAAUACUGUCCUCUUAAUUAAUGUGUCAUUUUUACUAAUAUGUAUACAAACUAGAAUGUAGAUCUACAAGUGGAGUGCAUUUAACACUAGAAAUGCUAGGAAGCAUUUACCUACAUCUAGAUAGUUUAGCUAUAAUUGCCAGAAUCUCUACGAGAUUCUCGUAGCAACACAUUUUUUUACAAGAAACAUAAAAAGAACAGUGCCUUUUUUGCAUGAUCAAAAACACAGAGCACUGUCACACACCGAAUCAAAGAGCGCAGCAUUUACACAUAGUUGAAUGAUGGUGUUCCGCCAUCAUCCCAAUUGUCUCCGGAAAUGUAAGAUAGGAUGUUCAUCGAAUCAGGGCACAAUAGAAAAA